CACAAUUCACCUUAAUUUUCUCUUUUGCUGUCGUCUCUGUGAACUUCCCUUCCCCGUUCUGGGUUCAUACAUUCCUCUACUCGUGACGUGAACUAUAGUAUGCACCGAACUGUUCCCUCAAAGAUUGGCCGCCUUGGGUGUCACUUGUUCAGAGCCUCUGGCUUGUCUCGGCGGAGGGCCUCGUGAGAUUUCCCAGUGGGGGAUUGGACUCACAAAGUUGCUCCUCAAUUGGUUCCUGCGGGAGUGUUUUGACAUAGGAAAUGGGGGGGGAGAGGAAUAUGUGGGUUAUGGGUACGGUAUACUCUAGUAUAGUAGGUACAGCUUUUGAUUUAGCACGCCUCAUCAGGGCUUACGCCCCAGAGCUCAUCAUGCUUCACUUCCUAAACCUAUCCAAGUGCCCUCUUGCUUAGGAUGAGAUCAGCUAUGGAUCCUCAGACACUACUGUAUUUAAAGACUACCAGCUGCCCCCUUUGUUUGCUCAUCAGAAUCAUCAGCAUCUUCAGUAUCAUUGUCGCCCCCCCCCCCUCCCCCACCUCUCCUGUUUUACUAUUCAGCUAUAUAUUCCUCAAUUUUGCCUAGGUCUCGCAUAUAUCUGACCCCCCUCUGCUAUUACCGAACACUACCUUAGCCCCACCGUGAAUCCCGAACUUCUCUAAAUCAUUCACAACUAUGCCUCCUCAUACCAACGAACAUUCCGGACAUAGCGAUAACGACGUCACUCUAUCAUUAAGCGGUCUUGCCUUACAUAGCGAAGCUGGCGCCCCCCACCUCGGCAGCAAUCAUCGUGCUUCGAACGGGAAAAAGAGCAAGAGGAAUAUCCUUACAGACUCGUAUCUGAAGACUCAUAGUGGGAAUUUAUUUCACGAGACCGAUCGUCCUCUUCGUCCCGGGAUUUAUGCCCCGACGCCCGCGUUUUUCGAUCCUGUCACCGAGGACCUCGAUCUGCCCAUAAUCAGAAGUCAUUCGGUACGCCUAGUGAAAGCUGGUAUCGUUGGUCUUGUUACUCAAGGUUCGAAUGGGGAAGCUGUCCAUCUGAGCCAAUCCGAACGCCGGGCUGUCACCGCUGCGACACGGGAAGCUUUGGAUGGUGCCGGCUUUGGCCAUAUUCCGGUGAUUGUCGGUUGUGGGGCUCAGUCCACUCGUGAGUCGAUCGAGUUAUGCCACGACGCAAUGCUUUCUGGAGGUGAUUACGCCAUGGUACUUCCCCCAGCCUACUAUCGCGCCUUGUACAACGGGGAGUCUCAAUACGAAUUUUUCAGCGAUAUCGCCACCCAAUCACCUAUCCCCAUUCUCAUUUAUAAUUACCCUGGUGCCGUAGCAGGAAUUGACCUUGAUUCGGACACUCUCACCAAGCUCUCGAAGCAUCCCAACAUCGUUGGCUGCAAGCUUACCUGCGGCAACACCGGGAAGCUCGCUAGAGUCGCGAAUGCCGCGCCAAGUGGUUUUAUGACGAUGGGUGGGUCCUCGGAUUUUACCUUACAAUCCUUGAUUUCGGGCGGCAAGGGCGUCAUUGGCGGACUUGCAAAUAUCGCUCCGAGAGCGUGCGCAGAGGUUUUUAACCUCUACGUUGAUGGGAGAAACGAAGAGGCUGAGAAGAUGCAAGCGGUUGUUGCUCGCGGUGACUGGGGCGCGAUUAAGGGAGGUGUCGUCGGAACCAAGAGCUGUCUGCAAACCUAUUUCGGAUAUGGAGGUUUUGGAAGGCGGCCACUUCCUCGGCCAACUCCUGCUCAGGACGUAGCCUACAAAGAAGAUUUUCAAGAGUUGUUGCUUUUGGAAGAAUUUUUGGAGAACGGAUGCCGCGAUUCUGACAUCCACUCUGAGAGAAUAAAGGAAUUUCCACAACUUGUUGAGCUCGAACAUAUGCUUGUAUAAGUUCCCUUGCCCUACCUUUUUUAAACACUCUUAGCAGAACUUUGUUUUUAUUUUUUCUCUCUUUCGUAUCGUAACAUUUGUUCGAUCGUUUGUUGCUUAUCCCCCUGGGGUUUAUUUAUCGGAUUGGGACUGGGGAUUUCAUGCGCCUAGGGCUGGGUACCUGGGCUGCUUCGGAGCGUCACGAGAAAAGCCGCUAGAGAUCACACAACUUGGAGUACUUUUUUUUGGGUUCCCUUUGUCGUUUAGGUUAUGCCUUCUCUCUUUCCGGCAUCCGUUUUUCUUUCCAACGUUUGCUCUUUUUUCUUUUUUAAUUUCAUACUCUCUGCUUGUCACUUUUCCUUAGGUAGAUUGGACUCACAAGAGGAAAGGGGGGGGAGGGAAUUGGAAUGGUAGAAAAGGGGCCUGAUUGAUUGUUAAUGUCACGGUUCUUUCCAUCUUAUCGUUA